GUGCGUGCGCGUGCGGAGUGGCGGUGGUGGAGUCUGGCUCGGGGGGGGACGGAGAGAGCUCGCACGCAGAACACACCAGACGGCUGUGCGCAUCUGAAUGCUGAAGACGGAGUUGUAUGCCCGGAACUUGUGUGUUAUUUACAGUCAACAAGCUCACCGAGCGAGACGGAGCCUGGCGGACUAGUUCUCACGCUGGUUCUCACAUGCUCCGGUGAUCCACUGCAGCAGAGCACGCCGCCGCCGCCGCCGCGUCUGUUGUUUUGAGAAGAAAAACAAGCCCGGUGAGAGUCCGCUAAGCUGUGUGAUCAUUGACAGAGUUCAAUACACACACGCUUUUCGCGAUAACUGCCGGGAUAUCUGACCAGUGCUUUUCCGAGCUCAUUCAAACACUACCAAUUGGGAUUCUUUUCUCAUCCAAGGUCCAGCAUUCAAGGGUUUAUCGGAGUCUUGGGCUUACUUCUGGCCAAACAGGAGGUGUGAACGUUUGUGCCGUCUUGCAGCCCUUUUCCGACCCACACUGUCUUCUGCCUCAGCAUGAAUGACGUCAGUGUUGUUAGAGAAGGAUGGCUCCAUAAGAGAGGGGAAUAUAUCAAAACAUGGAGGCCUCGCUACUUCAUCCUGAAGAGUGACGGCUCCUUCAUUGGCUACAAAGAAAAGCCUGAAGUGGCCAGUGAUCACAGCCUUCCGCCUCUCAACAACUUCUCUGUCGCAGAAUGUCAACUGAUGAAGACAGAGCGACCUCGGCCCAACACAUUUGUCAUUCGUUGCCUGCAGUGGACCUCUGUUAUUGAGCGCACCUUUCAUGUAGACAGCAAUGAAGAAAGGGAGGAAUGGAUGCGAUCGAUCCAGUCCGUCGCAAAUAGCCUGAAGAGUCAGCAGCAGGAUGAGGAGCCCAUGGAGAUCAAAUUUGGUUCACCGAGUGACAGCAGUGGUGCGGAAGAGAUGGAGAUUGCCGUGUGCAAGUCUCGCUCCAAAGUGACCAUGAGUGAUUUCGACUACCUGAAGCUGCUCGGCAAGGGGACAUUUGGGAAAGUUAUUCUGGUCAAAGAGAAGGCUACUGGGAUGUAUUACGCCAUGAAAAUCCUCCGCAAAGAAGUCAUCAUUGCUAAAGAUGAGGUGGCACACACAGUUACGGAGAGCAGAGUUCUGCAAAAUACGCGGCAUCCCUUUUUGACAACACUAAAAUAUGCAUUUCAAACACACGACCGGUUAUGCUUUGUGAUGGAAUAUGCAAAUGGUGGUGAACUAUUUUUCCAUUUAUCCCGGGACCGGGUGUUCACUGAAGACCGGGCUCGCUUCUAUGGUGCAGAAAUAGUGUCGGCACUGGAGUACCUCCACUCACGUAAUGUAGUAUACAGGGAUUUAAAGCUGGAGAAUCUCAUGUUAGACAAAGAUGGCCACAUAAAGAUUACAGAUUUCGGACUGUGUAAAGAGGGGAUCACAGAUGGUGCCACCAUGAAAACCUUCUGUGGAACUCCGGAGUACCUGGCACCUGAGGUACUAGAAGACAACGACUACGGCAGAGCGGUGGACUGGUGGGGCCUCGGUGUGGUCAUGUAUGAAAUGAUGUGCGGACGAUUGCCUUUUUACAACCAGGACCACGAGCGUCUCUUUGAGCUCAUCCUCAUGGAGGAGAUCCGUUUUCCUAAGAACUUAGCCCCUGAGGCUAAAGCCCUGCUUGCUGGCCUGUUAAAAAAGGAUCCCAAGCAAAGGCUCGGAGGUGGACCUGACGAUGCCAAAGAUGUGAUGAGCCACAAGUUCUUCAUCUCCAUUAACUGGCAGGAUGUUCUGGAAAAGAAGCUCAUUCCACCCUUCAAGCCCCAGGUGACAUCUGAGACGGACACGCGCUACUUUGAUGAUGAGUUCACAGCACAGUCCAUCACUAUUACCCCUCCAGAUAAGUAUGACAGCUUAGAUGCUGAAGACUCCGAUCAACGCACGCACUUCCCUCAGUUCUCCUACUCUGCCAGCAUACGGGAAUGAUUGCACAGACGCUGAACGAAGCAGGCAGGCGAACACAUGACCCCAAACCCACACCAACACACAGGCACCACUGCAGAGAAAUCCGAAGACGAACACAAACCGGCACAGAAAACCCUUUCAUUUUCACAUCCGCAAUCAAGAUAGGUGUGAACACGUGGGCUUUGAAACGACGGACCUCAGACGUGUGUGGACAGACUGGCAGCUUUGUCUCUGUUCAUCCUCUCAGGCUUGAGUCCCCCUGCUGGGCACUCUGCUGCACUACACUGGGCACCACAGCAAGGCCUUGACACUUUCAAACCAGGUUAUGCCAGCAAGUAUCACCUGUUUACCAGCUGCACACGACAAACCCACACACCAAGACCACCCACACCUUCUCGAUGAGACAACCAUUUGGGGGGAAAUCUUUCUUUUUGUUGAUUGUUGUGGUUUUCAAUGUAAAGCCAUAUUUCAUCUUUAUUUCUUAAAACUUCUUUCUUUCUUUUUUUUAUUUUAAGAAGUGCUCUUUCUGGAACUUGCUGUUACAAAUCAGGUGCGAGAUGGCGCCCCCUGCAGUGGGAGACGGGGGUGGAGGGGGUACGGGAGGUUUGCCAAUUUGCUGUUUCUGUGUUUGCACUGUCUGCGUGUGUAUGUGUGAAUGAAUGUAUGCACAGCAUUUUUAUUCACAACCAUCCAUUUGUUUUUAUUCAUCCUUUUAGAAAGUGGCUGCAAAGCUGGCGAGAAAGGACACUACAUGCAAUGGCCUUCUUAAAGGGAAACUUGUGGCCUGCUUGCUGCGUUAAAAUUAGGAACCCUGACCUCUGUCUGGCGUUCGAAAAGCUCCAAGAGUCUUCAUCACGUUUUGCUUUGGCGCGUUCACAUUUCAACGACUAACCGUCACAGAUCUGUUCUCAUCGAGGCCAGUGACUCGAUUCAUGAGUAAUGACUACAACCGUGUGCUUUCCUAGGUCCAGUAAUUCUCACUUCCUAGUUGCUGAUAUGCACCAAUCUCGUUUUAACCUUUUAUUAAUAAGCCUCUGAAUGUUCACAUAUUUAAAAAAGGAAAAAAAAAGAAAAAAAAAAAAAACCAAUGUGGGAUCAUCGUUCGCGUCUGGCGUGGCUGAAACGGUCUGGCGUCCGAUGAGUCCCUGUUCCAUGUCUAGUCUUUGUGUCAUAGAUGUUGCUUUCAGAGGAGAGUCCCGCAGGCUUUAGCUUCAACCCACCUGUUCUCUUUGUUCAAGAUUGUUUUCAAGAUCGACACAUUCUCAAUGGCAUAUUUAAAAAUUGCUCAUAUUGACAUGAGCAUGUAAUUUUUCUAAUUGCUGGAAAUCACGCUCGCUGAAUUUGGAGCUUCCCUAAAGUUUUCCAUUGUCUCUGUUUUCUAAUUUUGUCCAUCUAUUUCUACUUUUUUUUUUUUUGUAAACCUUGUCAUGUCUAAGUAUACGCUAUAAAAUAUAUGGAUUAAAAGUUUUCCAAGUGA